UUUUAGGGUUCAAAUCAUAAAUGCAAGGGAAAAAAAAAUUGGCGUGUUAAGUAAAAGAUCCGAGGCUUUCAUAAUUAGUAUGAAAAUCGUUACACCAAUUUUUGCAAGAUUGUUAUUGGACUCAUAAAAAUCAAAAAAUUGUUUUUGGACUCGUUAAAAUACAAAAAAGGUUAUGGAAAAUAAUUAAUAACAAGAUGAAAAUAAAAUUAAUAAAAUUGUAAAUAUAUAUAUUGUUAGUGUAAGUCGUGUUAUCAGUCACUAUCCACCCGCAACAGAUUUUUUUCUUGCUGUGACGAAUUCCGUUAGAAGGGCAUUCCAGUCAUUUCAGCUACCCACUACACCACUCCAAUUUCCCGCCUUUUGCACUCUUUCACCCUCUCUCUCUCCAUCUACAAUCUUCGCUAACACGCAACCAUUUUUCUUCUCCAUCUCUCUGAGAAUUCACUCGAAUUGGGAGAUUGAAGAUGGUGAUGGUGAUCACGAAGGUUAUCAACAAGAAAUGGAUUUUGUUCGUUCUGUGUAUCUCUAUCAUCAUCUCUUUGAGGAUUCCCAUGAACCGACACAACUCCUCUUUCGACUUCCCCAUUCCCUUCGACGAACCCCAAGAUGAUUACCUUCCCUCUUUGUAUCUUGAAGAUACUUCUGUGAGUGAAAUCGGUCUUGAAUACGAUUUUUAUCGUCAGUCUUGUCCACAAGCAGAGUCCAUUGUCAGAUCCUAUAUGGCUCGGAUUUUUUCGGACCAAAAUGACGUGUCCGCAGGGCUAUUACGCCUCUUUUUCCAUGAUUGUUUCAUAGAGGGAUGUGAUGCUUCGGUGCUAUUGGAUGACAGCAAUGGCAACCAAAACCAUGCCAUUGAGCGGCAGGCUAUUCCAAACAGAUCCUUGAGGGGCUUUGACAAAAUUGACAUGAUAAAGGAAGAGCUUGAAAAGGCUUGUCCAGGGAUUGUCUCGUGUUCAGAUAUACUUGCUCUGGCCACUAGGGAUGGCAUUGUGCUGGCUGGUGGCCCAUUCUAUCCAGUGUUUACGGGCAGAAGAGACAGUUUGCAAUCCUUCUUCCGCGAAGCAGCUGCACAAAUUCCAAGACCCAGUGAUAAUAUUUCCCAAAUACUCAAUUUGUUUUCUCUCAGAGGUUUUGACGAAAGAGAUACUGUGAGUCUUCUAGGGGGUCAUAAUAUUGGCAAAAUAGGCUGCCAGUUCAUUCAGGAUCGUAUCCACAACUUUUCAGGGACAGGGCUGCCAGACCCUUCUUUAGCUUCUGAUUUCCGUAAUGAGAUUAUAAAUACCUGCGAAAAUGAUAAGAAUAGCAGCACUGAUGGAUCUCUUUUUUCCAUGAGAUCAAGGCGAGCAGAUGCAUUUUCUCAGGGUUUAUCAUCUUCUAUGUCUCUGGGAGCAGGUCUGGAUUCCCAUUAUUUCCAAGGCUUGCUUAAGGGCAGAGGACUUCUAUUUUCUGAUCAGCAAUUGAUGGCUGAUGACAGGACUGCGAGUUUGGUGAGAGCUUACGCUUCAGAUGAUGGAUCAACAUUUAGAUUUGAUUUUUCCCGAGCAAUGGUGAAAAUGUCAAACCUUGGCGUCUUGACUGAUUCUCAAGGUGAAGUCCGAACCUUUUGUUCAUUGCCUGUCCAUAAUUCUUAAUUGUCACAAAACAAAAAUUCUCAACUCUGAUAUUAAGUAGGACAAUCACAGUUUCAUACAGGACAAUAUUUUUGUGAGUUCUUAGCCUAAAAGUUUGUAA